GAAGAAGGAGUGUGCGUAGUUAGUAGAAGUCACUAUGGUGACGGGGAGGUCGGGAGGCUUCUUGGUAACUGGUCCUAGCUUUGUGGGAGCAAUCGCCACUGCUUUCCUGGAACUUAAGAAGCACCAAUUUGUCUGCCUUUAUUGUUUUAAAAUCCUUAUAAGCUUGGUGAAUUUGAAUCAUUGUGGGAAAAAAGCAGGAUUUUGUAUACAAUACAGUGAUUCAACAAUUCUGUACAUUACUCAUUGGUCAUCACGUGAAUACAAUCAAAUUGCAUUUUAAAAUUUUGCUGAAAGUGGAGACAUGAGACUGAAGAUAUCUCUUUUAAAAGAACCAAAACAUCAAGAAUUAGUAAGCUGUGUGGGCUGGACUACGGCUGAAGAACUGUAUUCAUGUAGUGAUGAUCACCAGAUAGUGAAGUGGAACUUGCUAACCAGUGAAACAAGUCAAAUAGUAAAGCUUCCCGAUGAUAUUUACCCAAUAGAUCUUCACUGGUUUCCAAAAAGUUUAGGCAUAAAGAAACAAACUCAAGCAGAAAGCUUUGUCCUCACAAGUUCUGAUGGUAAAUUUCAUCUGAUUUCUAAGUUAGGAAGAGUGGAAAAAAGUGUAGAAGCUCACUGUGGAGCAGUUCUUGCAGGAAGAUGGAAUUAUGAAGGAACAGCAUUAGUUACAGUUGGAGAAGAUGGACAAAUAAAAAUCUGGUCAAAGACUGGGAUGCUGAGAUCAACUUUGGCUCAGCAAGGGACACCAGUAUAUUCGGUAGCAUGGGGCCCUGAUUCAGAAAAAGUUCUUUACACGGCAGGCAAGCAGCUGAUCAUUAAACCUCUUCAACCAAAUGCUAAAGUUUUACAGUGGAAAGCUCAUGAUGGCAUUAUUCUAAAAGUAGAUUGGAACUCUGUCAAUGAUCUGAUUUUGUCUGCUGGUGAGGACUGUAAAUAUAAGGUAUGGGAUAGUUAUGGCCGCCCUUUGUAUAAUUCACAACCUCACGAGCAUCCUAUUACCUCAGUUGCCUGGGCUCCAGAUGGAGAGUUAUUUGCUGUCGGAUCGUUUCAUACUUUACGUUUGUGUGAUAAAACUGGGUGGUCAUAUGCUUUAGAAAAGCCCAACACUGGCAGCAUAUUUAACAUCGCAUGGUCAAUUGAUGGCACUCAGAUUGCUGGAGCCUGUGGAAAUGGGCAUGUUGUUUUUGCACAUGUGGUGGAGCAACGUUGGGAGUGGAAAAAUUUUCAAGUAACAUUAACUAAACGAAGAACCAUGCAGGUUCGCAAUGUUCUUAAUGAUGCAGUGGAUUUACUGGAAUUCCGUGAUAGAGUCAUUAAAGCAUCUUUGAACUAUGCACACUUAGUUGUUUCAACGUCUCUUCAAUGUUAUGUGUUCUCUACGAAGAACUGGAAUACGCCACUUAUAUUUGAUCUUAAAGAAGGAACUGUUAGUUUAAUUCUGCAGGCAGAAAGACAUUUUCUUCUUGUAGAUGGUGGUGGUAUCUAUUUAUAUUCUUAUGAAGGCCGCUUCAUUUCUUCUCCAAAAUUUCCUGGAAUGAGAACAGAUAUUCUGAAUGCACAGACUGUGUCUCUGAGUAAUGAUACCAUUGCAAUAAAAGACAAAGCUGAUGAAAAAAUAAUCUUCCUUUUUGAGGCAUCAACUGGAAAACCAUUAGGCGAUGGGAAGCUUCUUUCUCAUAAGAAUGAAAUUUUGGAAAUUGCUCUGGAUCAAAAGGGACUUACCAAUGAUAGAAAAAUUGCCUUCAUUGAUAAAAAUAGAGAUCUCUAUAUCACUUCAGUGAAACGAUUUGGGAAGGAAGAACAAAUUAUCAAACUUGGAACAAUGGUGCAUACUUUGGCCUGGAGUGAUACAUGUAAUAUCCUUUGUGGACUUCAAGAUACUCGAUUUACAGUGUGGUAUUACCCCAAUACGGUUUAUGUGGACAGAGACAUUUUGCCUAAAACAUUAUUUGAAAGGGAUGCAAGUGAAUUUAGUAAAAAUCCCCAUAUUGUGAGUUUUGUUGGAAAUCAAGUAACUAUAAGAAGAGCUGAUGGCUCACUGGUUCACAUCAGCAUAUCACCAUAUCCUGCUAUUCUCCAUGAAUAUGUAAGCAGUUCAAAAUGGGAAGAUGCUGUAAGACUUUGUCGCUUUGUUAAGGAGCAAACCAUGUGGGCUUGCCUAGCUGCUAUGGCAGUUGCUAACAGAGAUAUGACCACUGCAGAAAUAGCCUAUGCAGCAAUUGGUGAAAUUGAUAAGGUUCGGUAUAUUAAUUCUAUAAAAGAGCUUCCAUCUAAAGAAUCAAAAAUGGCUCACAUAUUAAUGCUUAGUGGGAACAUACAGGAGGCUGAAAUGAUACUUCUUCAGGCUGGCCUUGUUUAUCAAGCAAUCCAGAUCAAUAUCAAUCUCUAUAACUGGGAAAGGGCACUUGAAUUGGCUGUAAAAUACAAAACACAUGUUGAUACAGUUCUUGCUUACCGUCAGAAGUUUUUGGAGACAUUUGGUAAACAGGAAACUAAUAAACGAUACUUGCAGUAUGCAGAAGGUCUCCAAAUAGAUUGGGAGAAAGUCAGAGCCAAAAUUGAGAUGGAAAUUACUAAAGAACGAGAGCGAUCAUCAAGCAGCCAGUCCAGCAAGAAUACAGGUCUAAGGCCCUAAAUUUCUUGCUUACCUCGAAGAAGUUUUACCUUUUGAAACUAAUUCUGAUUAAUCAAGGAUUAUCAUAUUUUCAGUGCUAAAAAAAAGGCAGUAUCUUUAAGUAUAAGCACUUGCUAUGAAAUACUAAAAGUACAUUCAAAAAGACUAAUCACAAAGUAAUUGACAUAAUUUCAUCUUUUGUAUAUUUUAGUCCAAUAAUUAGCAAAAUAUUCCUAUAUGUUUAUGUAGCGUUGCUUACAUUCCAGUUUUUUGUCCAUUAUUUUAUCCCUGAAUCUUCAGCAUGAGCAAAUAUUAAUUCUGAUAAUAAAACAUUGGACUCUUAAAAAUGUA